UACUCCCAAAGAUUCUAAGGUCCCAGUGCUUUCGCUUCAUCCUAGAGGCUAAAUGGGCUCCCCUGGACUCGCCUGGCAGAACUAACCACCUAGAAGAACGUUAUUGUAAGGGGAAAAUGCAAACAGGGUGAAGACAAGAGGCAUAGAUGAUGGACACUAAAACAAAGACUCGUCCUCACAUCUUCUACACACUUGUUAUUAUCUAAGUCAAUCAUGGAAAAUGAUGAAACAGGCCAGGCGUGUUGGCUCACACCUGUAAUCCCAGCACUUUGGGAGGUCAAGGCGGGCAGAUCAUGAGGUCAGGAGAUCGAGACCAGCUUGGCCAACAGGGUGAAACCCCAUCUCUACUAAAAGUACAAAAUGAGCCAGGCGUGGUGGCAUGUGCCUGUAGUCCCAGCUACUCGGGAGGCUGAGGCAGGAGAAUCGCUUGAACUCAGGAGGCAAAGGUUGCAGUGACCUGAGAUCACACCACUGGACUCCAGCCUGGGCGACAGAGCGAGACUCCAUCUCAAAAAAAAAAAAAAGAAUAAAGAAAAAUGAUGAAACAGAAUCAGGGAGAGAAUUCAGAGGAAAAUGACAUCCCUCCAGGCCCAACAUGUGUAGCACCAGUGCGUGUGACCUGGAAGAAAUCCCCCUAGAUGAUGAUGACCUAAACACCAUAGAAUUCAAAAUCCUCGACUACUACACCAGACAUCAUGUCUUCAAGAGCACCCCUGCUCUCUUCUCACCAAAGCUGCUGAGAACAAGAAGUUUGUCCCAGAGGGGCCUGGGGAAUUGUUCAGCAAAUGAGUCAUGGACAGAGGUGUCAUGGCCUUGCAGAAAUUCCCAAUCCAGUGAGAAGGCCAUAAACCUUGGCAAGAAAAAGUCUUCUUGGAAAGCACUCUUUGGAGUAGUGGAGAAGGAAGAUUCGCAGAGCACGCCUGCCAAGGUCUCUGCUCAGGGUCAAAGGACGUUAGAAUACCAAGAUUCGCACAGCCAGCAGUGGUCCAGGUGUCUUUCUAACGUGGAGCAGUGCUUGGAGCAUGAAGCUGUGGACCCCAAAGUCAUUUCCAUUGCCAACCGAGUAGCUGAAAUUGUUUAUUCCUGGCCACCACCACAAGCGACCCAGGCAGGAGGCUUCAAGUCCAAAGAGAUUUUUGUAACUGAGGGUCUCUCCUUCCAGCUCCAAGGCCACGUGCCUGUAACUUCAAGUUCUAAGAAAGAUGAAGAAGAACAAAUACUAGCCAAAAUUGUUGAGCUGCUGAAAUAUUCAGGAGAUCAGUUGGAAAGAAAGCUGAAGAAAGAUAAGGCUUUGAUGGGCCACUUCCAGGAUGGGCUGUCCUACUCUGUUUUCAAGACCAUCACAGACCAGGUCCUAAUGGGUGUGGACACCAGGGGAGAAUCAGAGGUCAAAGCUCAGGGCUUUAAGGCUGCCCUUGUAAUAGACGUCACGGCCAAGCUCACAGCUAUUGACAACCACCCGAUGAACAGGGUCCUGGGCUUUGGCACCAAGUACCUGAAAGAGAACUUCUCGCCAUGGAUCCAGCAGCACGGUGGAUGGGAUUCCUUCACCCCAACAACCCCCUCGAGCCCUCAUCUGCCCCAAAGCCUCUCCUGACCCUUCCAGCUCAAAGGCUGCACAGUCUCUAAUCUCCAAC